CUCGAAUCCAGGCAAAGGCCAUCUUCCGCUGAAACCAUAGAGGUUCGCUAUGCGUGUUUCCUGCUGCCUGUCUGGGGCGAUUCAUCGUAGAAGUUGGAAGUCUUUUCUGCUAGAGCGGCUUUCACGGCGACGCACCUCCCUUCGCUUGGCGCACUGGGUGUUGUGUAAAAGGAGAGCGAGACGGGCUUCGGAGCAGCAGAAGAGCGAGAGGAGUUUGCAGUCGCAGAGGUUGGGGCCGCUCCGCUACUGUUGCCAGGCAGGCCUGGGAGGAGAAAAGUAAAGAAAGCUCAUAGAGAUCUUUCUGUUUUCCAAUGCAUUCUUUCAUCAGAUGAGUUCACCAAAUAAAGCAAUUGAGUUACAGUUGCAAAUACGACAAAAUGCUGAGGAACUUCAAGAUUUUGUGAAAGAUUUGGAAUCAUGGGAGAAGGAUAUUAAAGAAAAAGAUCAUGAUCUAAGGCAUCAGAGUGGCACUGCCGAAAAAGUUUUACCCCCAAUUCGGAAUGAAGCUUACAAAAAAAAAAAGAGCAAAGUUAAAACAGUCUCAAAACAAACAAGUGAGGAAAACAAAAAGAACAAGAUAAAAUCUUAUGAUUAUGAGGCUUGGGCAAAGCUGGAUGUGGAUAAGAUACUUGAAGAAUUUGAUAAGGAAGAUACCACUCAUGACUCAGUGUCAGAUUCUGAGGAAGAUGGAAUUCGCAUUGAUACAGAAAAAGCUCUUACUGAGAAAGAAAAGGGCAAUACUUACUUUAAACAAAGAAACUAUGAUGCUGCAAUAGAAUGCUACACAAAAGGAAUGAAUGCAGAUCCUUACAAUCCAGCAUUGCCUACAAACAGGGCAUCAGCCUUUUUUCGUUUAAAGAAGUUUUCUGUGGCUGAAUCUGAUUGCAAUUUAGCCCUUGCCUUAAACAAAAAUUACAUAAAGGCUUAUAACAGAAGAGGGGCAGCUCGUUUUGUCUUGGGAAAGUUUAAGGGUGCCAAAGAAGAUUAUGAAAAGGUUUUGGAAUUAGAUCCAAAUAACUUUGAAGCGAAGAAUGAACUUUGGAAAAUUGAACAGGCUCUCUUGUCAAAAGAAAACUGUCAGGCUGAAGAAACAGAUACUUUUAGGAAAGUGGAAGUUGCAGAAGAUGAACUGAAACAAUUGGAGGAGGAACAAUUAAAGCAAAAAGCUAUGGCAGAAAAAGAUUUGGGUAACAGAUAUUUCAAAGAAGGUAAAUAUGAACUAGCAAUAGAUUGUUACACACGUGGAAUAGCAGCAGAUGGCACCAAUGCACUUCUUCCAGCAAAUAGAGCUAUGGCCUAUCUAAAAGUUCAAAAAUAUGAAGAAGCAGAGGAAGAUUGCACUCGAGCUGUGUUAUUUGAUUCUUCAUAUUCUAAAGCAUUUGCCAGAAGAGGCACAGCUAGAGCUGCCCUUGGAAAACUAAAAGAAGCUAUGCAAGAUUUCAAAAGUGUCCUGAAGCUGGAACCUGGAAAUAAGCAAGCAAUGAAUGAAAUAACAAAGCUUAAAAAUGAGUUAAUCGCAAAAGGCUUUUUGUCAGACACUGAAUAUUUUGGACUACCACAGAAUGAAUCAGAAAUACAAAAUCUGGUAAAACCCAUUGAUAAACCCUUGCAUCUGAGAUCAGCUAAACCUUUAAGAAGAAUAAACAUUGAGGAAAUCAAUAAUGAUGUGUUAUGUGCACAUUUGAUGCCCACCAGAGAAUCUGAGCCUAUUCAAUCUGUUUUUGAUAACCCAAGUGAAACACAGGAAUUAAUAUCUAUUAAGAAUCAAAGUGAAGAUUUCUCUUCAUCUGGGACUCCCAAAACAAAGCUGCUGAAAAUAGAAGAAAUUGGUGAUGCUUUGUUGACCGAAUCCAUUACCACAAAUACGGUGAAAGAAAAACCAUCACUUCAGCCUUGUGCUUUAAAAAAGCAAGCUAAGACAAAAAAAUACAUUAUUUCUUCUGUGUCUGAAUUUUCUGUGCCUCCAGUCCCUAUGAAUUCUUUCCAACUUGAAUCAGAUUUCCGAAAAUUAAAAAGUUACCCCGAUCAAUUGUAUACAUAUUUGAAGCAAAUAGAUCCUUGCCUUUAUCCUAACCUCUUCCAAAAAUCAUUGGAUCCAGAGGUUUUUUGCCAAAUCUUGAAAAUUCUACAGGAUUUUCAUACUAAGAAAGAAGAGCCUUUACUUAUCCUUGAAAUUCUGCACAAAUUAUCAGAAUCCAAAAGAUUUGAUAUGGCAGUUAUGUUUAUGUCAGAGUCAGAGAAAAAAAAAACCUUUCUGUCCCUGAAAAUAUGUGGAAAGUAUUUUUUCAGAACAAACUAUAAAAAGAUUGUUGGGUCGGUGAAAUUCAUCUCUAGAUCGCUUUGAGUAUCUUUCUUUCUGUUUAAAUUGGAAGAUAAUAAGAAACAAAGAACCAAAAACGAAGAAUGGCCAAGCCAUCUUCUGCCUCUUUUUUGUACAAUUAUAUCUGUAUAGCAGUGGAUUGUAUUGUUCAUAAAGUCAAGUUUAUGGAAAUAUUACAAUUCAUUCCAAGUUUAAUAUGACUCUUAAUUCAGACUCUUUGCAACUUAUUAUUGUUUUUUAAAUAUAUAAAUUGAAGGACGAUAUCAUUUACUAAAUGCUAAAUCUAUUUUUAAUUUAAACAUAAUGUAAUAACGGAUUCUCUUUUG